CUAAAAUUAAAUCACAUUUAUCUACAAUUAAUAAUAAAUAUAAUUUCUAUGACAAAUAUUCUAUAUUUUCAUAUGAUGAAUGUCAAAAUCCAGUCAAUCGAGAGCUCCCAUUGAGUAAAGACUUAGCGAAACUGAACUUCGGUCACUGACUUCGUAUAUCACAUGCGGACAGACCCGUCUUAGGGGUCGUUUCGGCACACAUAACAAUGGCAAACAGCAACAACUCGGCACGAUAUCCCGACACGCCUCUCUGAAUUUGCCGAUGCGAACGUAAUAUACCAGAGGGUUUAUCAUGCUGUUAAGAUAACAUACUAAAAUAAGCACAACCUCGGUGGAACAUGUGGUUGUUAAGUGUCGACCUGUGACCGCGUCUAACCGAGCAACAAGGUACGGGAGAAAACAAAAAAAGUAACCAACAAAUAGAAUGAGAAUUGUUAAAAAUGCUCUAGUCUUGAAACCGUAGUCGAUGUUCAUUUUGCCUCGCUUGUGAACACGGGUCUCUACACCUGACACCGGGGGAUGGUUGACAAUUUUUGUUGAGUUUUUUCGUACAGUACAUAGGAUUCUGUAAUAGACAUAUCCCAUAAUGAGCAUAGGUAUAAUUAUAGUUAAGAUACAGAACACUAACGAAUAUGAGAAGGCAACAAUGCCAGCAUCGUCAAGAGUACAAAUAAUAUGCCCCUGCUCAUAGCCAUACUUCCCCCAGCCAACCGUCGGUGGGAAGGACAGAAGAAAUGAUAUUACCCAUGUUAAGCCAAUAACGACCUUCGCUUUGUAUGGAGUAAGAGUCUCCUCCCGUCGAACAAUUAUGAGAUAACGAUCCCAACUAAUUGCAAGUAGGAUAUAUGUAGAUUCUGUAACCAAAAACGAAAAACAAAACGCAUUUACUUUGCAUAAAACGUUGCCCAAAAUCCAGUCCUGUACAGCAAGUGUCACAAAUGAAGCAGUCAUACAAACUAUUGCUAUAAGCACAUCCACAAGAGCCAAAUUCGCGAGCAGGAGGUUUAUAGAUGAACGCAUCGCUGGCUUUUGAUAUACAAUAUAACAUACGACGGCGUUGCCAAACACAGCUGUCGUGAUCAUAAACACAAGAAUUAUCAUGACAAAAAUUUGAAAUGUUGAAGAAAAUGGUUUCCCUGAUCCAAUUUCGUCGCAUUUUUCAAGUGCAUGGUGUGAUUGAUUUGUGCAAUUCAACAUGACACAUGGGUGUAUUGUGCAGUUAUUCCACAUCAAAGAUAUUGAAUGUAUCUUAUGUAAAAUUGGCAGCUGCAAUUUGGACAAGAUAUAGUACACUGUUCUUUUAAGACCCCCGCCGUUAUCUGCUGGAAAAAAUUGAACUUCUCAUCACUUCCACCAUAGCUUUAAAACUCCAAUAUAAAUAUUUAAGAAAGUUCAAAUUUUCACUUCAAACCAAGGUUUUCCGUUUUUGUUCAAAAAAACAAUGAAGCCCUUUACAAGUGCUACAAUGUUUACAUUAAUAACAUGUCUAACAUCGAUUGUUCUUCGGUACAAUACAGGGGGGUUGUAUCAAAAAUUAUAACCUCCGGGUUUUUAAUAUGGGAAAAUGGUGACCGCCGUUGCUGUGUUUAUGCUUGUGUUUGGACUUCAAUUUGUCCGUCGAUUUUUGACAGCUUAUAUUCCGGCGGUAAGAUAUUUUGUGCAAUGUGGUGUAAACAGGGUGUAUAAAAAAAAAACGCAACCUCGGAAUUUCCUACGAAAUCACUUUGCAAUUCCUAAGCAUAAAAGAUUUUAGGCGCCUGGGAAUUGAAAUCGAAUUGCUAAUAGAUCAUAUUACUGUUGUUGUGCAUUAAAUAAAUGCAUAAAUUUUGCUUUAUCACUCGCGUGUGCAGUAAUUUUGACAGUUGUGCUAUUUUAAAUUCCCAGGCGCUCAAAAUCUUUUGUCUUUAAAACAAAGUCGAUUUCUUGGGAAAUUCCGAGGUUGCGUUUUUUUUUUAUACACCCUGUAGAAACUGCUAAAGGCUUUAUAUGUAUAAACAAUGUGUUGUACAUAAAUGAUAAAAAUUAAAUCUUGUAUCCAUGUGCACAUUUAGUCAUAUUAUGAUUAAUUAAAACCUCGAAAGACGGUGGGAGUGAAAAGAAAGGCGCAUCAGGGCAUAUUGCAGCUUAAUAGGGUAGAUUAAUGUCUUGUUAACCAAUCAACCCCAACACUUUCCCUUGACAGAUAAAAUUGUCUGGCAUUAGUUAGAUACAAACAACAAAGUAGGGCACACUGCAACUUAAUAGGUUUAAUGCUUUUUAUUUUAUAUAGUUUCUAACCAGACCGAGUUAUGAUGAAAAACAGCUUGUAACCAGUUUACGAGAACAACAGAAUGAGCUGUUACAUAUAAAUGCUCAGGUAUUAACCAGUUGUGUUUGUGUGUCUGUUAUGGUUGUUAGAAAAUUAACUAAAAUUGUUUUCUUUAUUUUCUAUAGCAUGAGUUUGCCAGGCAUGCGAAGCUAAAACGACUCAUGAAUAAAAAUGAAGAUGAAAUCCGUAGGAAAGGUACUAGAAUAACAUUGUCAGAUGUUGAUGAUUAAUUCAUUUAAGAAUGAGUGAUUACAUUCAUACUUCAAUUAUUGUUUUUCAGGAUUACAACGUCAAACACAAGGUCUUAAAAUAAAAGGUGUUUUGUGGGUUGUUGGGAUGGCACUCACUGUAAGUGGAUAGAUCAUCUGAGCUGGUAGUUCAUCUCAACCCAUCCUGUAUUUUUAGUUGAAAAAUGUGUUUUUCUUCCCAAGGUAUUAUGUCAUUCGUGGGUGAUGUGGACAUAUAGAUAUCUCCCUCUGGUUCAAUUGCCAACUCCUUGGCUAGCACCUCUCAAUCGUAUUCUCAGGUUUCCUACAAAUAUUGAUGGUAAGUUGUAAUGGGUGAUGAUACAGCAAAAUGUAAAACCAUCUGGUGUUUAGACAGGGUGCGAUAAUUCAAUAUUUUUAGCCGUACCUGACUGGUACUCCGACAACUUUUGCCAUGUACAGACUACUUUCGAGUCAUGCGUUUUUAUACCUAUAGUUUACUGGUUCCGGUUUCAUAUCGCGAAAAAAUUAGGGUAGGUAGGUCGGAAAUAAAAUUUUUUUUUGAAUAUUGUUUUCAUGGUUUUGGCAUUAUCGGCGUUUGACGAUAACGAUUUUAAAAUCGCUCACCCAAGCGAUUGUUUUUCAGUCGGACGAUGACGAUAAAUUUUUUGAUCAAGCGCAAAGAUAACCUUUUGGCUUUUUUCAUCCCAAAAUAUGUUGGAUUGUGGAAUUUACAUGUACAGCUAAAGUUCUUCACGGUUUUGAAUACUUUGGCAGGUCUGCUAGUUAUUGCUAGAAGGAAAAUGUAAGUACGCGAAUAGCAAAUUUCUGCGUACCUACGUGGUACUUGCCUAAAAACAAAGAAGUACCAGACCAUAAAUUUGGCGUACCUCUGGUAUGUUGGUACGCGAAUUAUCGCACCCUGGUUUAGAGACCAGCAAGGUACUAAUGGUUUGAACACAUUUCUUUUCAUGUUAGGUGCCAUCGGCCUACCAGCAUGGCUAUUGAUCACUAAUUCCAUUAUUUUUCAACUACAAAGAAUGUGGUUGCCUUAGUCAACUAUGGUCAAUUAAAUUUGCAGUCGCAGAUUGAAUUCCUGGUUUCAGUGCAGCUGUCUGUGGAUGCGAAAGAGACCCCUACAGUACUGAACAAUGGAUCAGUGAAUCAGAAUUGUAUUUGUACAAACUGAAAAGAAGAUGAACAUGCAAAAUGGGAGCACUGGAUGACUUUUGCUCCAGUUAAAAAUAUUUUGUAAAUAUUAUUUAAUAUUAAAAGCCAGG